GGAAACCAAUAGCUGUAUCAUUUGCACACGCCCUUAUAGGCAGAGACAGGCUCUCCACUGCUGUUCUUCAAAAGAAGGGAAGGCAAGAUGAAGAGCUCUUUGUUGCUGUGCGCGGCCCUGGCCUUCUCCGUGGGGUUUGUCCUUGUGGCAGGUUACCCACUGGACCCUGAGGAUGAGGAGUACGUGCUGGUGAACAACAAGUGUCAGUGUGUAACAGUGACCUCAAGGUUCGUCCCCUCCAAAGAAAAUCCUGAUGAAGAAAUUCUGGAGAGAAACAUACGCAUCCUGGUCCCCCUGAGAGCUCGAGAGAACAUCUCUGACCCCCUGUCCCCUCUCAGAACCACUUUUGUCUACCGCAUGACUGAACUAUGCAAAAAAUGUGAUCCUGUAGAAAUUGAGCUGGGUGGUGAGAUAUACCAGGCUCAGCAGAGCAACUCCUGCGAUGAACCUGAAACCUGCUACACCUACAACAGGGACAAGUGUUACACCACAACCUUCCCAUUCCUCUACAAUGGGCAGAUUAAAAAUGUUCAAGCAAGUCUGACACCAGAAUCCUGCUACACCGAUUAGCUUGAUCCACCGCUGUGCUAAUGCCUUGUUGUACUCAGUGUUUCUGUCCAAAGUACAUCUAUAGCACCAUAAUACCUGGAUGACAGUGAUUCAGAUAUCAGCUCCCAGAGUAAUGCCAACUUACCUCAACAUCAGACUAGUGCCAUUUCCCAAGAGCAGCUGCUGGGUGUCAUAGACUCUGUUCUCAUAUCCCUGGCACACCUGCAAUGUCUUUAUUAUGUGUCUCAGACCUUAUCCCCAUAUAGCACAGCUUCUCAGCAGACGGAAAUCAGCAAUUCCCUUGAAGUCAAGGGAACCCUACUGAUUUACACCACUGUGGAACCUGUCUUUUUGACAGUCUCCCCUCAGUCUCCAGCUAAGCAAGGCUGCCACAGAUAUUGGCAGAAAUAUCUAUGUACUUCCCUCCCUGACAAAUCUAAAGCAAACCUCUGCACAGCCUUUAUACAAGUCCCUUUGGCUACAUUAGCAGAAUUAGUGUCCUUAUUAAAAGGCUGUUGUACAAUCAUAUUUGAGAGAAAAGAUGAGGGAUGAGAUUCAGAAUUCAAAGUGACUUUACCAUCAGGCAUUCUAAACCCUUCUAGCACUUUGACAAUUGCAAGCUUCUAUCUUUGACCUGCAUUUAGAGAGGAUCAAAAGAUGCUGCUCACCUCAAGCAUUUUGCAAAGUUGCCACGUCCUCAGCUAUGCUAAGAACUCUUCUAGGAUGCAUCAGGUAUUUCCCUUUCCAUGCUUAUUUACUGGUACUGCUGCUUUCUUCCAGCUCUGCUCCCAGUUCAUUGAUGGAAAAAAAAAAUCAAGUUGACUCGAGUUUCUUUUCUUAUUCCUUAUUUUGUAUUUAAAGCUUCAAGAAAUUCUUUGACAGUGACUCAAUUGCUAGAACAGGGAUUCAUUCCCUUUUUCAUACCAGUAGACUUUUCCUUCACAGAAAAAACCAUCACCAAAUGAAGGAGCUGGUUCUGCAUUGCAUCUUGCAUGUAAAUGCAUUACACUCAGCAUUGCCCAUAGAGACAGUAUGUAUAUGAGUACACAAGGUGUUGAGCAUUUCAUCUGAGGUGGCUGCUAUAUGUUUCACUGUUGUCACAAGAUGACUGUAAAGCCUUAGGCUGAGAAGUCCUUACCUGGCUUCACACAUAACUGGAAUAAUAAACCAGCAAAAUCUUUAUUUCCAUAACUGUAGCUUCAUUUGUGAAACAUUAAAUAAACUUUUUUCUGCAGCA